CCAGUGGCAGCAUGGAGCCUGCGUUUCACAGAGGAGAUCUCCUGUUUCUGACCAACCGAAUUGAAGAUCCGAUCAGAGUGGGCGAGAUCGUGGUCUUCAGGAUAGAGGGAAGGGAGAUCCCCAUAGUUCAUCGGGUCCUGAAAAUCCACGAGAAACAAAACGGUGACAUCAAAUUUUUGACCAAGGGAGACAAUAACGCUGUGGAUGACAGAGGGCUGUACAAACAAGGGCAACACUGGCUGGAGAAAAAGGAUGUAGUAGGAAGAGCAAGAGGAUUUGUCCCCUAUAUUGGAAUAGUGACUAUCUUGAUGAAUGACUAUCCAAAAUUUAAGUAUGCAGUCCUCUUUUUACUGGGUUUAUUUGUGCUGGUCCAUCGAGAGUAGCCCGCUGCACUGAAGUUCAUAGUGAAGAUGCCGUGUUUUUUUAGGUGAACGUUUUAAGUAGAUGCUGGUCCAAUGUGUGGAGAGGAAGAGAAAAACAUACAUUUCAAAGCUUCUUGCCAGUUUGGGUUCGUUUUGUUUUUUUACUGCGUGAGGACGAAUGUUAUCACAGUAUUUCCAAUGGUUUGUCACAUUUUAGCAUUUUUGUACAUCGGUGAGUUUUUUAUAUUAAAAGUUUAAGCCAAACUGUUCGUGUUUGUCCUUUGAAGCUGAGCUUCCUCUCAAAGUG